UGAAAGUUAUAUUUUCAGGGGGACACGUUCUAUUUGUUCACCUGCUCCCUCUGUAACUAUGGGAUGGAGUGCUUGAAACGCAUGCCAGUCUCAUGGCAACAGUUUCUUCAAAUUGCUCUUUUCGAUCUCACAGUCAAGCUGGAUAGGAGAUAUCAUGCACUGCCUGAAUUAUAUAAAUAUAUCCUGAAGAGCUGGGAUAUAUUUCAACUUCCUCGCACCUUUAAUAUUCUUUCAAAUCAGGAGAAACGGGAUAAGAUUGUGGCUACAUUGACAAGUUUUGACGUAUUCAACCAUACGCUUGAAGGACUUUGGGGGCUCACAGAUCUAAGGCCCCCUCCCAGGGGGGUCUUUGCCCUCAAGGAUAACGGCUUUGUCAGUGAGAGAACAGUUCUGGAGGAUGUCCUUCAAUUCCCUGAUGUUGAGUCGACCCAGAUCAUAUGUUUACCUUCAAAUAUCAAUCCUGUUACCUCUCAGACUCCUUCAUCCUUCUCUUCAGCUCCUUCAUUAUCCCCUCCAGCUCCUUCAACACCUCCAACUCCUCCAAUAACUCCUGGAAGUACAAAGAAUCCUAAAUUAUACCAAAAACAUGUCCAUCCAAAUAAAACAGUUAAUCUUUGCAUUAAAUCCAAAAAACCUACUAAAGCUAGUCAUCAGAUCUCAAGGAAACAAGGACGACAUACAACUGCUAGAUCUGGUCAGCUUACCAGGAACUCGGAAAGGGGUCAGCCUACCAGGAACUCGGAAAGGGCCCAGCCUACCAGGAACUCGGAAAGGGGUCAGCCUACCAGGAACUCGGAAAGGGCCCAGCCUACCAGGAACUCGGAAAGGGCCCAGCCUACCAAGAACUCGGAAAGGGGUCAGCCUACCAGGAACUUGGAAAGGGGUCAGCCUACCAGGAACUCGGAAAGAAGCAGGAGAGGAAAAGUUCCAUCGAACGGAACUCGAGAAAGGAAAAGUUUAAAGCAAUCUGUUUUAAAGCGUGAGCUUCACUCCCCGCUCCUAGAGAAACCUCUUGAAGUAGUUCGACCCCUUCCUUUCCAGAUUGCUAGAGAACUCCACGAGAAAGGAUUCCCCAAGGUGUGCGUCAAAUUCGCGUCAAUUGUGCCACCUAGGAAAGAGGAGAUUGACGCAGUGAUUUUAGAAAAAUGUCCCAAAAGAAAAUAUCGCAAGAGAGAAAAAUGCGAGCAGGGAGAAAAUAAAAAUGAAAAGGAUUUAAUAUCCGCGAAAAUGCGCUUUAAAGAACAGAAAUCAAGAUGGAGGGAGGAAAGGGAACGUUUAACAGAAGAAAAGGUGUGGCUGCAGGCGGGAAAAGAGAGUCCAAAAUUCAGCACUAAUGCUGGUUCGGUGGAGAGUAAUGGUCUGAAGGCAGAUAUUAACGGGUGUGUGGCGGAGAGCUUAGUGAAUGGUAUAAAUCCAGAACUAAAGCCAGGAGAGGAUGCUAGAUUAUUGGAUUCUUUGAUACCAGCAAAACAAUUUUACGGCGGCAGAAACAAUCCGUUUCAUUUAGGGUGCAGUGAAAGAUUGAGACAGGCUAGGAAUAUAUUAUGUAACAGAAAACUCCAAUUAGAAGACCUCACUAGGUGGAGAACUAGACUGAAGAAGAGAAAGCACAAGUUUUGUAUAGAAGAAUCUAGAAAAUUCUGGAAGGAACCGGAAAUAAAUUCUGAAAUUCCAACAGCCAAUGUUCAUGCCCCUAAAACCAAAAGUUUGCCAUCCGCAAAGCUAAACCGGAAACAGUACCGGGGCCUGCGUCCUCUGACGGGGGUGCCAUUGACCGAAGAAACCUCACAAGUAGAAAGCAUUUCCGUCCAAACCAAACCGAACGGCAUUGUUCGCCCGCGUCGCACGGAGCGGCGAAGUUUGAAGCUUCGAGGACGGGAGUUGGCCGGCCGCUGGCGUGGGUCAGGGGGUCAAAUAAAAUAUUUUUUUCGAACUAUUCAGGUUCAGGAGUAAUUCCUUUUUCAACAUUUUUGGAUAUUUUUCCAAACUAAUUGGUAUUUUGGAAUAAAUAUUGAAGAUUUG